AUGAACAAGUGUAAAAGUAAACAUGUUUGUUUGUCUCACGAGGCCUCAGAGAUCCUCCCUGUGCGAACUCGCAUGUUGAGCAGGACGUGUGUGCGCCUGCUCCACUCUGCGUUGCGUUUGUUUGAGGAGAAGCUGCUGCUGCUGGAGGCGCUGUCCCACGUGUGCGUCGCUAUCUACGCACUGCACACUCUGCCCUCGCUCCUCUCCCCACACGACCUCUAUAGUCACUAA